GAGUUUCUGAAACUGGACAGAAUGUGUUCAUGGUCUGAUGUCGUCGCAGUCCCGUCUGCGUGGAUAUCUGCCCGCUGCUCGUUUUUAUUUAAGGAAGUAAGAAACAGGAAGUGCAGAAACCUUGAAUGUUUUUAAUGAGGAACCGUCCGUCGUUCAUCACCUGCCACUCCUCGUCACAGACCACAGAUGUUUUCAUCGCUACAACAGCUCGUGUCCACAGGCGACGGCGAGCACGCCGCUUAUAAUCCAGUUUUAUUCGUAUCUGUGUCACGGAGGUAAAGGCUGUGCGAUGUGUGUCUGCAGGCUUCAUGAGCGCACUCACUCGGUGUGGCCUCAGCUGUGGAAGGACCGAGGCGAGUACACCAACCCUCUGUACAAGGCCGAGCAGAGCCAGAGUCAGGGCGUGCUGAGACCCAACACCUCCCCCUACUGCUUCAAGAUGUGGAAGGGUCUCUAUAACCACGCUGAGAAAUCGACGCCUCCCCGCCAGUCACCUGCCGACUUCAUGUCUGCCGUGAGGGAGGAGUCCCAGCAGCUGGAAGAGGAGCUGACUAAUCACCAGGAGAGGAUCGCAGAGCUGACGGGGAAGCCGAUCACCUGGGAGAAGAUCGAGGUUCCCCGGAGGAGGACUAGCUGCCUGCCGCAGAGGCACAGCGGGCCGGACCCGCCCACCUUAUACAGAGAGCCAAUUGCCAGCCUCGCACAGGACAGCAGUCACACAAUUUCCUCUGCACCAGCCAAUCAGAAGACUCACACCAAGGAGCCCGCACUCUCCCUGCCCUUAGGGCCACAUGCCCAGCUGAAGAGUCACGACCCCGAUGACCUCUCCACCUGCAGCGACCUGGAGUCGGGCGUGGCCGACCUCAGCAGCCGCUCAUCCAGCGGCGGUGAUGUCGGCAAGGACCCGGACUUGGAGUGACACGGACCGGAUCAAAGGCACUCCGCUGGCUUUUAUUAAUAUUUAUUCACAGGACGGCGAGGUGACGUUUCCAGGUUAAAGGGAGAAACCUCGGCGGCGUUUGAGACGGAGGUGAAAACACGGUUUAACGUUUUUGGCUCACAGAACAGACAGGCUGCUUCAAUUUAAAUGUUUUUAGGUUACUGACAUUUGUACUGAAACGCACGAUUGCACAGUGACAGGAAGUCAGACGCACACGAGUUUAAAGCGAUCAGAACAAACACGAGUUAUUGUCUCUUCUUCUCUCCACUGAAGAGUCUGAAAACUUGUUUCCACCCAGUCUUCCUCGUCCUGCAGCGCAGCAUAACAGGCAUAAAGGUUUCACUGUAGAUCAUGAAGCUGACCUGCUGUACGUGUUCAGCGUGGCCCUCGUUAGCUCGUUAGCUCGUCACAGCAAUCACGCCUGUGGGGUCGUAUUUGUGUGGACGACAGGCGGCCGUUUCCUCAGAGGGCUUCAGUCUGAUCCUGGAUCAGCCGUCUGCUCAGUCUGAACACUGAAGUGCUGCUAGAGCAGCUUUGAUUCAGUUCAAAACGACCCGCCCCCUUUAAGCCCCUGGUGGGCGGGGCUUCUACUACAGUUACUUUGGGAACACCGGGGAGAUUUUUUAUUAGAGACAAACGUAGUUUAAACUGUCACAAUAACACAGAAACCCCACAAACACACUCUGACUGAAAUGCUCCAACACACACACACACAUGCAGACAGACACACUGACAGACACACACACAGACACACACAGACAUA